AUGUUACCACGACAGAGAGGGUUCCAGCAGCAGCGAGGACGGAACAACCAUCACCAGCAAUAUGCCCCAUAUGGUGGUGGCGGCGGAGGCGGUGGAAGUAAUAACGCUGCGAAUGAAGAGGGUCCCAGCAGUAUAGGACCGAUGGACAGAAGACAUUUUAAUAACCGCCAAUGGAAGGGUCAGAAUUUUCAUCCUCGCCAUCAGCAGAGACGGAAUCGAUUUGGGCUGGAGCAUCAUCAGAGCAAAGAUAAAAACUCAUAUAAUAUAAGCGAUUAUUUCCAUCCAUCUAUGUUGGAGGAUCCAUGGAUGCAUUUCACGCAAAAGAAUGAGCGGGAGAAAGUUGAAGGAGCAGAUUCGAGUGAUGCUGGUGGUGGUGCUGGAGGCGGAAGUAGCGGUGGGGGAGGUGGCGGUAGCGAGGAUUGA